UUAAUUUGGUCAUGUGGACCACGAAACCUAAUAACAUUUUUUAUAUAUGUUUGUCAAUUAUUUUCAUCCAUUAGAAGUUGGUUUCAAGCCGUCAUCAUUAAAAUCCCAUUAUUAGAUUUAUAUGGUUUGGAGAAAUGUAAAUAGUAUUACUUGUUAUUGUUUAAUUGAACUUGGGUCUUUUUGUUUCAGCAUGGCUCGGUGCUAUGUCUACAGCUGUGGCACUUUUUGUCUCACCGGUGACGAUAGCUUUCUGCCGGAGGAAAUCAACAAGACUCACAGCUGUCAUGGGAGGACUUGUCACAGCCCUUGGCUGCCUCUUUACAUCUUUUGCAUCACAGUUCCAUCAAUUGUUUAUUAGUUAUGGAGGAGUUUUAGGUAACUUGAAACUUCUCGUUAAAAAUUCUUCGGUACUCAAGAGCAUUACUGUUCCAGGUAUAGGUGUUAGUAUGACAAGAGACUGUUCUACCCUGAUGGUAGCUCAAUAUUUUAAAAGGAGAAGAGAAUUAGUAGAAAUAUUUAUAGUUUCUGGGAGUGGCCUUGGUAUAGCUGUUAUGUCAAUUUUUAUGAAAAGUGCUAUUAGCGCUAUCGGGUGGAGGCUGGGAUUACAAUUGGUCACAGUCGUUGUGUUUAUGACCUUCUUCCUCGGCACUUUCUACAGAUCGGCCUCUCUCUACCAUCCGCAGAGGCGAGCCAUCCUCCACCUGAAAAACCAAAAGAGGAAAAUUAAAGACAAAAAUAAAGUCGACGAUGGACCACCUUUUUUUGAUUUGACAACCCUAAGAAGCAAAACAGUGAGAAUACUCCUUGUUUCAACAGGAAUCAGCGCAUUCGGGCUGAACACCCCAAUUUUUUAUUUGGCUCACCAUGCAGAAGAAGAUGGGUUGGGCGAUUCUGUCCUCCUUUUUCAAACAUAUUUGGGUCUCGCUUGGGCUUUGGGAUGCUUUAUAUUUGGGAUGCUUGUUCUCCAUAAUACUGCCGAAUGUAGGAUCGCAAGGCAGUACCUCUGUCAGGUGUCUGUGUUCAUGUGUGGUAUAGCAAUAUUCGCACUGACAUCGCUUAACAACAACCACCAAGGGUACGUACUUUUCACAUGGAUCUACGGGAUCUUUUGUGGUGGGUACAACUACUCGCUCAAGAUGUACACGUACGAGAGGGUGAGAGCAAGAAAUUUUGCUAGAACAUGGGGUUUCGUGCAGUGUUCACAGGCUAUCCCAAUAGCUCUUGGCGUACCGAUAACUGGUUAUAUCAAUGUCACUUGGGGAGGAAAAUCAGGCUAUUAUUUCAGCGCUUCUUGCAUUUUCCUUGGUACUCUUGCUUUAUUUUUAAUUGAUUGUCAUAAGAGGAGGUUGUCGAGGCACAAGCAUAAUGAAAGCGGUGAAAAGAAAUUGUGUGAAUCAGAAUCCUGCCCACAGCGUAGAAAACCUUCGUUUUCAGUCGAGCCAGAAGAAUUGGUAGUAGUCGAGCCACCAGCACAAGCUGCGGACAAACCGGAGCUCACCUGUAUAUCUGAAGAAGGCAUUGCGGACAUGGACCUUCCGGACAACAUCCUUGAUGACCUCGACUACAUCGGGGACUGCAUAACGUCAUGCAACAAAGUUGAAAACUACCUGAUGCUCAGUGAAUUUGAAAACAACCUCAUUGCAGAAAUGCCCGUUAUAAUGGACCGUAAAGGCAGGAGGUGGUCUCUUGCGAGGCAAACUGAAGAAGAAAACCCAAAAGGAAAAUGGCGCCUGAUACCGGGCCCAAAUAGAGUAAUCACAGUUAUUGAUGAGGCAUCAGUUUAAAGACAGUAACUUGUCCCACUAUCACCAUUUCAUUGUGAUGAAUAUUAUCAUUUUUUUUAAAUAGUAAUAAAAUAUGCCAAAGAUAAUAAAUGUAUAGAGAUUAGUAACUUACCUCACUUCAAGAAAAAAAUUAUAUAUUUUUUUCAUUUCUAAAAACUGAAUAUUCUCACUGCCAAUUAAUUACGGAUAAUAAAAAUCAAUUUUUUGCAAAGAAGGAAUUGUGGUGCUUCGAAACAUUAUAAACAAAUUUAAACUGCCAAAAUUUAUAUUAUUUUUUAAAAAGAAAACUAUUUACUAUUUCUAAAUGAGUGCCAUCUCAAUUUAUAAAUAAUGUAAAUUUUCUAUUGAUAAAAUGUAUCACAUUAUUUAUUCCUGUAGUAUU